CCCUCAACUAUAAGAGACUACCGCCCGAAAAACUACAACCAUCAACUACAAUCAUCAAACACAACAACAAUGCCAUCAAAAGCCAUCCCGACAACUUCUGAAAGUCGCGGUGAGACUAGACUUAGCUCUCAGUAUGCUAGUCGAUACCCGUCUUAUGAUAUCGCUAAUUUUGGAAGCUCUUUCACUCAUCAACACAGAUCUCAUCUCCUCCGUCUCCCCGCUGAGCUCCGUAACAUCAUAUACGCUUACACCUUUGGCGGCAACACCUGGUCGAUCAACAUGAGCGGCGGCCAGACACCGCGCGCUGACAACGCCGUGAAGCACGCUUUGGCACUCUUGCGAGUCAAUCAGCAGAUCUACGCCGAGUCCCACCUCUUCCCCUACCUCUGCAAUACCUUCGCAGGUCGUCACAACGGCCACUUGCGGGAGUGGAUCCAAUCCUUGUGCGCCAUGCACCGCGAGUCAAUCACCUGCAUCCAGCACAGCCACCGCGGCUACCUCAUCAAGGGCGCAAACGGUGUAGACGUGAGCCCCAUCUUCUAG